AUGGCCAAGUUGGUAAGGCACCUCACUAGUAAUGAGGAGAUCGUCAGUUCGAAUCUGGCUGAAGGCAUUUUUUUUGCUGCGAAACCACUUCAAAUAUUACAUAUACUUGAUAUUGAUACAGUUAUGGUAAAGGGUUUGACAGGACUUUCAUUUAUCCUGACCCCAACUGCUUAA